AUGCGCAUAAUCCUCUACAACAAUACCACACCCGAGGAACUAUCAGAGGUCAAUGUCCUGCUUAGCGAGACAUUCUUAGAUGCUAUUAUGCAAUUCUCACAGAAACACGGUAUUCCACUGUCAUCCAUUGAUACCGUUGGCUUUCAUGGCGAGACCAUCUGGUUGCUCAGUAUCCCAGAGGAGGGGCAAAUAAAAUCUGCCUUGUCUAUGGCAGAGGGUUGCUUUAUUUCUUCUAGAACUGGAAUUACUACGGUUACUGAUUUCCGUGUCUCGGAUCAGGCCGCUGGUCGUCAGGGAGCUCCUCUCAUCGGCUUCUUCGACUCUCUGCUUCUUCACCACCCCACCAAGUUUUAA